CGACUUGACCGUGAAUGGUGCUUUCACCGUGACAUCUGACGCCGCCGUGAGUUUGACCUCUGCGAGCAAUUCCGAUGUGAGCUUGACGAGCGCCGGUACGGGUGAUAUCCUGUUGACGUCAGCGGAUGAUGUGUCCGUGAGCGCGAAUGGUAACGUAGUGAUUGCGUCCGACACUGUUUCGAACUCUGGCACAUUGUCCCUUGACCAAGGUUCUGAUCCUCGUGUGAGUUGGAAUGCGGCCGGUGCGGUGACUGUCGCGUCUGAGAGUGGUCAAGCGCUUACGCUGAAAGCGUUUGAUGCGAGCGCGGCGACGGCGACUGGCGGUGCUAUUACGGCGACGGCUGGUGCCGGUUCGACGACUGGCGGCGCGAUGAGUCUUUCGGCUGGCGGCGGCGUGAUUGGCGGGGCGUUAACGAUAUUAGGUGGCACCGGAGGCACUGGCGCGGGCGGUGACGUAACGAUUGAAGCGGGAGCCGCCACCGUGGGUAACGGCGGGGCAUUGUAUCUUCGAGGUGGUACGUCCGCAUCUGGCACAGGCGGCGACGUCGUCAUCGACGCUGGCGACAGCACGACUUUGGCGUCCACUUACGAGGGCAUCGUGCACAUUGCGCCGAAUGCGGCGUCUUUCGUCCGCAUCGGCGAGAGCGCGAACAAACAAGUGCAAACCGACAUCUUCGGAGACGUAACCGUGCACGGCGACUUGGUCACGACGAGUAGCUUGGUGUACGCGAGCACUUACACGAGCUACGUUCAGGUAUCUACAACUCAGGAUGGUAUGUUUCAACAAGAAGUUCGCGCACCGGCAGUGACGGGUUUGGACGCCGAAGACAUAACGGGCACUCCGACGAGCACUCUCACCUUGGACGCCGGUAUGUCGGGAGUACCUCAACGACGGUGCCAGUAUCGAUUCGUCAAGGAAGUGGCUCCGGCACCGUGCGAUUCAGCGCCGACGCAAACGGCGCUGUGA